CAGCUAACAAUGUAGAUGGGCGCAAAGGGUUAACUGUGAUGUCAGCUGCAGAGGCAGGGGCUGCUACUCACCGCAAACCGUUUCCACACUGCUUUAAAUACAACACCAGCACAGACAGUCAGUGAACAGACAGUGUGUUAAACGCUGGAGACAAAAUACAUGAGCGAAGAGCAGCGAACAUCAACCGGAUUCAGCAGCGUCCGAGGAUCCACUAAGUACUUUUGAAUGGCUGUGACAUCCUAACGCCUCUGCCGCAUCCCACAGUCAGACCAUGAAUUACGUGGGUCAGCUAGCCGGUCAGGUUUUUGUGCAGGUGAAGGAGCUGUACAGAGGCCUUAAUCCUGCCACCCUGUCUGGCUGUAUCGAUGUUAUUGUGGUGCGUCAGCCCGACGGAACUCUGCAGUGUUCACCUUUUCACGUCCGUUUCGGCAAGAUGGGAGUGCUGCGCUCCCGGGAGAAAGUGGUUGACAUUGAGAUAAAUGGGGAGCCGGUGAGUUUACAAAUGAAACUAGGUGAAAAUGGAGAGGCAUUCUUUGUCAAAGAAACAGAAAGUGAUGAGGAGAUGGUGCCGUCCCACUUGGCUACAUCGCCCAUAAUUUCAGAGGGCUCUGCUCUGAUGCAGGCCCAAGUUGGAAAAGGUAUGUCCCGUCUGUCUGAGUCUGGAAACGGAACAUCUAUUCAAACCCUGGGCCCCAUGCAGGCCCCUGGUGACAGUUCAGUAAUGAAAAAGAGAAGGAAGAGGAGGAGAAAAUCUCAAGUAGACAGCAUGAAGCGAGAAGACAACAGAAACUUUUCUGAAGACGAGGACAUGUUUGCCAUUGAUAUGAGUUCUGAUGAAGAUACAGAGGCUACAGGAAGCAGAGCCAUGUCACAUGUGCUAUUUGCUGAGCAGGUGAAAGGAACUAGCAGCACAUACACACAGUCUGAAGGGAACUGGACUGGUGUUCAAAGCAAAGGGUUGGGGAAGACCUGCUCUUUACCCAUUCCCACCAGUUCAGGAUUAUCCAUUUCCUGCCCUCAACAAACAGCCAUGUUUCAGUCCACACACAGCAGCCCAAAUGGCUCCUUGCCAUCCACACCCAAGAGUGACUCCGAAUUGCUGACCAGUCAGAGGAGAGAAGGGAAACCGGACAACCCUGAGAUGCUUUGGACGUGGGGAGAGCUGCCUCAUGCUGCAAAGCCGUCAUUCCUGCAGCCCAUUUCGGAGCCUAUGGUGGUGACUCCAAGGUCAAUCCCACCAUCUGAAAGCAGACACUUCAGAGCCAUCUCUGGAGAUGGGAUGGUGGAGUCUCAGGGCAGUGAUGUGUAUGUGCCUGAUCUCAGGGUUGAAGAGGCAGCAUCUGCCGCUGCUGUAGAUGUGGAGGCCAUCAGUGCUGCAGCACAUCUCAUCACAGACCUAGAAGAGGGGCGGCACAGUCCUGGAGCUCAUGCCAUUAGCAAGACAGACUCUCCGUCCAAGAAAAAAGACAAAAGGAGCCGGCACCUGGGAUCAGAUGGUGUAUAUCUGGAUGACAUCACAGAGUUGGAGCCUGAGGUGGCAGCCUUGUACUUUCCAAAGAGUGAUGGAGCAACUUCUGUGAGGGGUGAGGCAGAUCCAAGAAGUGCCAAUCAGUCCCCUCAAUCAGUGGGCAGCAGUGGAAUGGACAGUGGGGUGGACAGCUUUUCUGACCAGUUAGGAGACUUGCCUCAUAUUGCCAUCUCUCUCUGUGGAGGACUGUCAGAAAACAGAGAGAUCACUAGAGAGGAAUUCGAGGAACGAGCAAUAUCUUAUCAGGAGUUUGCAGAUAAUCCAUCUAUCAUUGAUGAUCCCAACCUGGUCGUAAAGAUUGGCACUAAGUAUUAUAACUGGACCACAGCCGCUCCUAUUGUACUAGCCAUGCAGGUUUUCCAGAAGCCCUUGCCAAAGGCCACAGUGGAGAACAUCAUGAAGGAGAAGAUGCCCAAGAAAGGAGGACGCUGGUGGUUUUCAUGGAGGGGCAGAAACAACAGCUCCAAAUCAGAAUCAGCAUCUGACCAGAUUGAAGGUGGAGAGGAUUCUAUAAGAACAGCAUCUGUGAGCAGAUUACAGAAUGAAUCAUCAUCCAGUGAAGAUGACAGUGAAGGUGCUAAACAGAAUCCUGUGAGCAAUCAGCCUGAAGUUCUCCACAGCACUGGAGGCCACUGCUACAGGAAGACUCUUCGUUUGUCCUCAGAAGAACUAGCCAGUCUGCACUUAAAAGAUGGCCCCAAUGAUGUGGUCUUCAGCGUCACCACCCAGUACCAGGGCACUUGCCGCUGUGAGGGCACCAUUUAUCUGUGGACCUGGGAUGACAAGAUAGUGAUUUCAGAUAUUGAUGGCACCAUCACAAGGUCUGACACCCUGGGACACAUUUUACCCACUCUGGGUAAAGACUGGACCCAUCAGGGCAUUGCCCGUCUCUACCACAGAGUCAGCCAGAACGGCUACAAGUUUAUGUACUGUUCAGCUCGGGCGAUUGGCAUGGCUGAUAUGACCCGGGGUUACCUGCACUGGGUUAAUGAAAGAGGUACCAUGCUACCCAUGGGACCUGUGCUGCUUAGUCCCAGUAGUCUGUUCUCUGCAUUUCACAGGGAGGUCAUUGAGAAGAAGCCAGAAAAGUUUAAAAUUGAAUGUCUGACCGACAUUAAAAACCUGUUCUAUCCAAACACAGAACCCUUCUAUGCUGCUUUUGGAAACAGAGCAACAGAUGUUUAUUCAUAUAAAGAGGUUGGAGUGCCUUUGAACAGAAUAUUCACUGUGAAUCCUAAGGGAGAGCUCAUCCAAGAACAUGCAAAGACCAACAUAUCAUCUUAUGAACGUCUGUGUGAGGUCGUUGAUCAUGUCUUCCCUCUUCUGAUAAGAGGGAACACCACCGACUUCCCCUGUUCAGACACCUUCAGCCAGUUCACCUUCUGGAGAGAGCAGUUACCAGAGGUAGACAAGCAGGAUCAACAUGCCGAGAGCAGCUGAAAGGACACACUGAAAAAAAAAAAAAAAAGAUAACAUCCCCUACAAACUCAGCUCUAACACUGCACUGCCAUAGGUAUUCCUCUACGCACAAGCAACUUAGCACUUAGCAGACCGCAUGCCGCCCUCUGCCUGUUCCUUCAUUAUUAUUUUACAUUUUUAGUACAAACAUUUAUCAUUUCUGUGUGUGCUAAUGUUUGGUUUUACUUGAAAUAAUCUGAAUCUGGUAGGAUAUUACACCGCUCAUAUUAGUUUUUGUUAGUUUUUUUGUUUAUUGAUGAGGUUACAGCUAUUUUAAAGUGCCAAAUGCAUUAUUCAUAACCAAUAAGGUAAUUACAUUAUGCUAUUAAAAAAUUGUCUAUUGGCUUUGUCCAAGCUUGUAAAGAUGUAUGAGGGAAUACAGUUAUUUUAGUACAUAGUAUAAAAUGUUUUUGAGCAUUUGUCAUAAAACAUGCUGAGAGAAAUGUAAAAGUUUCAUCAAAUUAAAUAAUAAUAAUAAAUAAAUUCAGCUGUAGGUAUAAAGCCAGCUUUAGUAUAUCUCAGGUGAUACAGAAUUUACACAAGGUACUCUUUUAAAACUUAAAGAGACCUUUCAUAAAUUAUUUUACUACUCCAUUUCCUUAACAAAACAACAAAUGCAAGUGGAUCUAUCUUAAUCGUGUCAUCCUGGACAACUUUUUACCAUAUACACACUUUACGUUUUGCCAAAUACUUAUUAUGUGAUAACUUUGCAUUCCUUAUUAUUUUUGUGUAUAAAGUUCACAACUCUGACCAGCAAAUAUGAAUCAUGCAGAAACUGAUUUUGUCAUACGUCAUAACCGUUAGCAUGUUAAAGAAAAACAAACUAAACAAAAGCAAACAACAAUGCAAAGAACACUCAGGUCAUGAAGUAUUUCCUACCUGUAUUAAUUCCUUCGUAUUAAUGACAUAUUUAUUACAUUUUAAUCAUUUUCAUAAAAUAUAUAUAUAUAUAUAUAUAUAAACACACCUGAGAAAAACAUUUUUGUCAAGUGAUUUUUUUUGUUGCUUAUUUCAAUAAUUAAGAAUAUAAAAUCUCCUGAUUCAUGGUGCAUCCUAUUCAUGUAAAUUUUAUUUUAUUUUUUUAAUAAUCUUCAUAUUCUACCACCACUAACACCUCUACACAAUUGUGUAUUGUUUGUCUUAUUAAAGGAUGAAAUGGACUGUCUCAUGAAAGCACUGUAUAAUGAAAUAUGUCUAAAUGAAUAAGGUUUUUGUGUGAUACAUAAAUGGACAAGCUCUUGUGUAUUCUUAAGUCUGUGGUUUUCCAUGGUUAUCAAGAAGCACAUUAAAUAAGCACUGAUGUGAUGCAUGAAUGAUGAAGGGGCUUUAGGGAUUGAUUUAAAAGAACUGUGUAUUUUAAUGUUAACCGUAUUAUUAUUCUGCAAAGAAAAAAGAAAAAAGAGUAUAUGAAAUGUAUGUGUGCAACGUGAAAAUGCAAUUUGUACUGAUCUCUAAUUGGUUCAGUUCGUAAUACAAAAUUAUUAUAAUGACAGAUGACUGCUACAAACUUCAACACUGUGAAUGAUCAGGUCAAACAUUGUAGAUUGUUUCUGCUCUUUCUACCUGUCUUACAUCUUCAGUUCAUUGAGAUUUCUUAUUCUAAACAAAAAAAGCUGAAUAAUAUAAGACUGUGUAACAUGUUUUCUGUUCAUAUGAAUUGUAACUCCAAUAACAUUCAGUUGCAAUAGCUUUUGUUCUGUUUGCAGUCUCUAUGGAGUUUUAUAUUCUUUCUGUGAAAGAUCUUGUUGCCUAAGUUUGUGGCAGUUGAGUUUGUGUGUCAUUAUGUUCAGUGUUGAGAUGUAAAAACUUUGGUUGCGUGUAUAUUUUAAGAUGCCAAAUCUCAAUAUGUAAAUUAAAAUCCCAUAACAUGAA